AAAAAAUGAGGGGGGGUGUAAAUAAUUAGUAUUGCAGCUGUGGUUUCGCUAAGAUUAGACUUUUCUGUAAUUCUUGAAAGCCCAGGCAUAACGUUGCCGAGGCAACAGGGAUGGAAGGUUCAGUCACGUGUGGCCACUUCCAGCUCCUUUCCCGAUCCAGCAGGAGCCAAGUUAAGGAAAAGAAAAAAGAAGGGAAGAAAAACAACUUUGGGAUUAAUUCAUAGAGAAGGAACGAGCCGCAGCUGUGGAGAUACAUUCAACACAAGGAGCAGACUCUUUUCACGGUCGAAAACCAGCCGGGCGGUCUGUUGUGUUGUGGACGCGGCUUCUUGAAAAGUUUUUUUUAUCAAAAGUUGUCGGAUAAACACCUCGAAAUAAGGAGGCAUGUUCACGCUGUCGGAGCUGGCCUCUCUGAGCGAGGCCCACACCACGCACCGGAUCCUGAAGCCCUGGUGGGACGUGUUCAUGGAGUACCUCGUCUUCGCCAUGCUCAUGGUCUCCAUCUUCUCUGGGACGCUGCUCAUCUCUAACGAGCAAGUCGUGUGUCUGCCCAUGGACCAGGCUGACCCUGCUAAUGACAGCAGCAGCACCCCCAACCCAACACUUACCCCACAGACUACCCCAGACAUCCCUACCCCAACCCCUACUCCAGACACCAACCCUCCCAAAAACACAGCCGAUCCUCUGUCUCCUCAUGGUAAGGAAAGGGGUCGCCCCACCAAUCUGGACUACCAGCAGUACGUUUACAUCAGCCAGGUGUGCUACCACAUGGCGCUGCCCUGGUACUCCCGCUACUUCCCUUACAUGGCCCUGAUCCACUCGCUCAUCCUGUUGGUCAGCAGCAACUUCUGGUUCAAGUUCCCCAAGACGUCCUCCAAGGUGGAGCACUUCAUUGGCAUCCUGGGAAAGUGCUUUGAGUCGCCCUGGACCUCCAAGGCUCUCUCCGAGACUGCCUGCGAGGACUCCUCCGAGGCCAGCGGGGGCGCCAGGCGUCGCUGUUCCACCUCCUCCACUGUGAGGGGCCGGGCGAGUGAGGAGUGGAGCCCCGGGACCCCACUCCUGGCCAGGGCUGGCUCCAUCUUCUCUAACCUGGGCUCCCCUCCCAAGGAGAGCCCCGUGCCGGCAGCCCCCUCCUCCACAGCGAUCCUGGACAGGAAGGACGGCGAGCAGGCUAAGGCUCUCUUCGAGAAGGUGCGCAAGUUCAGGCAGCACACUGAGGACACGGACCACGUGUACAGGGUAUACGUGUGCCAGACCGUGUUCAAGGUGCUGAAGUUCCUGCUCAUUGUGGGCUACACCUCCACGUUCGUGGACUCCAUCUCCUUCGAGCACGUGUGCCGGCCGCAGAUCCGCUUCCUGACGGGAUACAGCCGCUUCUUCUGCACACACAGCAUGGCAUUCAUGCUGCGCAAGCUGCUGCUCAGCUACUUGCUGCUGGUCAGCGUGUACGGGCUCAUCGGGGUCUACACCCUCUUCUGGAUCUUCCGCAGGUCCCUGCGGCAGUACUCCUUUGAGAAGGUGCGGGAGGAGAGCAGCAUCAGGGACGUGCCGGACGUCAGGAACGACUUUGCCUUCCUGCUGCACAUGGCAGACCAGUAUGACCAGCUCUACUCCAAGCGCUUCGCCGUCUUCCUCUCAGAGGUGAGUGAGCACCGGCUGCUGGAGGAGAACCUCAACCACGAGUGGGGCUACGACAAGCUGCGACAACACGUGACCCGGGACGCGCUGGGCAGAACCGAGUUGCGUCUCUCCACGCUCUCGGGCGUCCCCAAGGCAGUCUUCGAGAUGCCAGACCUCCAGGUCCUGAAGCUGGAGCUGAUCCCGGAGGCCAGGUUGCCCGCCAAGCUGUCCCAGAUGAGCUCCCUGUGCGAGCUGCACCUCUGCCACUGCCCAGCCAAGGUGGAGCCCCUGGCCUUCAACUUCCUCCGAGACAGGCUGCGCUCCCUCCACGUCAGGUUCACCGACGUGGGAGAAAUCCCGCCCUGGGUCUACUCCCUGAGGGCCCUGGAGGAGCUGAGCCUGACCGGGAACCUGAGCUCCGACAACAACAGGGCCAUCGGGCUGGAGUCCCUGAGGGAGCUGCGCGGCCUCAAGAGCCUGAGCCUGAAGAGCAACCUGACCAAGAUCCCCUCUGGGCUGGUGGAGGUGGCGGGGCACCUGACGCGGCUGUCGGUCCGGAACGACGGCACGCGGCUCCUGGUCCUCAACAACCUGAAGCGGGCCGGGAACCUGUCAGAGCUGGAGCUGCUGCAGUGCCAGCUGGAGAGGAUCCCCCACGCCGUCUUCAGCCUGACCGCCCUGCGCUCACUGGACCUGCGUGGGAACAGCAUCCGCAGCGUGGAGGAGGUGGUCAGCCUGCAGCACCUGCGGGGGCUGGCCUGCCUGCGGCUGUGCCACAACCAGAUAGCCGCCCUGCCGGCCACCCUCUGCAUGGUGAGGAAACUGGAGCAGCUGUGUCUGUCCCACAACCUCCUGCAGAGCCUUCCCCCUGCCCUCUUCACUCUCAAGAAGCUCCGCCACCUAGACCUGGCCUACAACCUCCUUGCCACCCUCCCUGGCGAGAUCGGAGAGCUGGAGCUGCUCUCCUUCCUCUCCGUCAGCGGCAACAAGUUGGAGGCUCUUCCCGGCGAGCUGUUCCGCCGCUGCGCCAGGCUGAGGACGCUCUCUCUGGCCAACAACAGCUUGACUAGCCUUCCCCCGGAGGUCGGGCUGCUGUCCCAGCUCAGCUACCUGGACCUCCGGGGGAACGGUCUGGAGAGGCUGCCCGUGGAGGUGGGCUCCUGUGGGGCCUUGAAGAAAGAAGGGCUCCGAGUGGAGGACCGGCUGUUCAACACUCUGCCCUCCGAGGCCAAGGAGCGACUGCAGCUGCUGCUGCGUUCUGAUCUCCCCACGUCACUGUGAAUCCCGGGACUGGGAGGGGAUUUGGUGGCUGUCCAUGACCCUGGUAACGGGAUCGUGAGAGUUCAUAGCAGGGUAACAGCAUGUCCAAACUCUUCGGGACACAGACUCCAAGCUUCUGGAACCAAGUAAUUAUACAUUUAGAAUUAACAAAAGAUGAAAGUUAUAGGCUUGGCUUAAUACUUCCAUUUCACUUCAAAUCUGAUGAGACAUUCAACUAGCUGUGUAAAAAAUAGCUAAGAAGGGGGUUUGUGGUGGCACCUGAUGCUGAUGCCGACAUAAGAAUGUUCCUGUGAACUCUGAAAAAAUUAUAGCAAGAAGAAAAUCUUUGGGUCCCGACCAAAUCCUUCUGCUCACAUUAUGUGUGUGUGCAGCUAUUCUGCAGUAGUAGUGCUGGGAUGAAUAUAGGUUUUUGUCAACAGUUUAACUUGAAUUGGCUGGUAUUUUUAAGAUACAAGUUCUCGAUUUGUUUUGAUAUUUUUAUUCACACAUCAUAGGUAAGUCAACUAGGGAUUUUUUCACUAGGGAAACAGAAUUAUUCUUCUGUACAUCACAGUGUAUCCAGUACAAGCUCCCUCCUGCAACAAGCUGGUGAUUGAGUGGCGGAUUGUGGGAACAGAAAGCCAGCAGGAGGGAGUGUGAUCUGGAUACACUGUGAUCCUUACAGGAGAUUUUAUUUUCUCCUGGCAAACACUCCCGAGGAAAUGUGGAGAAACGUAUUGCCCAGUUGAGUUAUGACCCAUGAUGUGUGAUUAAAUAUGUCAAAAGAGUUGACAAUAUGUUGAACACGAACACAGCAAAGGUAAAGUAAUGUGUUUCUUGUAAACUUUGCUGGGUCUUGUAACAAACGUGAACUGAACCCCUUUGUAAUAGUGUGGCUAUAGUAGAGCUCCCAGCCAGGGGAAUGAACCCUCCCUGGAACACUGCCAGAGCUCCCAGCCAGGUGAAUGAACCCUCCCUGGAACACUGACAGAGCUCCCAGCCAGGGGAAUGAACCCUCCCUGGAACACUGCCAGAGCUCCCAGCCAGGUGAAUGAACCCUCCCUGGAACACUGCCAGAGCUCCCAGCCAGGUGAAUGAACCCUCCCUGGAACACUGCCAGAGCUCCCAGCCAGGGGAAUGAACCCUCCCUGGAACACUGCCAGAGCUCCCAGCCAGGUGAAUGAACCCUCCCUGGAACACUGCCAGAGCUCCCAGCCAGGGGAAUGAACCCUCCCUGGAACACUACCAGAGCUCCCAGCCAGGGGAAUGAACCCUCCCUGGAACACUGCCAGAGCUCCCAGCCAGGGGAAUGAACCCUCCCUGGAACACUGCCAGAGCUCCCAGCCAGGGGAAUGAACCCUCCCUGGAACACUGCCAGAGCUCCCAGCCAGGUGAAUGAACCCUCGCUGGAACACUGUCAGAGCUCCCAGCCAGGUGAAUGAACCCUCCCUGGAACACACGGGGGGGGGUAUUCAUCCCCUUUGCUAUGACCCCCUUUGCUAUGACACUCCUAAAUAAGCUCAAGGGGCAACCAA